AUGGCACGUACAAAGCAGACCGCAAGAAAAUCUACUGGAGGCAAAGCCCCACGAAAACAGUUGGCUACUAAGGCCGCCCGUAAGAGCGCCCCAGCCACCGGUGGCGUCAAGAAGCCCCACAGAUACAGGCCAGGAACUGUCGCUCUUCGUGAGAUCAGACGGUACCAGAAAAGCACUGAGCUUCUCAUCAGGAAACUCCCAUUCCAGCGUCUGGUCCGUGAAAUUGCACAGGACUUCAAGACCGAUCUGCGUUUCCAGAGCUCUGCCGUUAUGGCCCUUCAGGAAGCUAGCGAGGCCUACCUUGUAGGACUUUUUGAGGAUACCAACUUGUGCGCUAUCCACGCCAAGAGGGUGACCAUCAUGCCCAAGGAUAUCCAGCUUGCCAGACGUAUCCGUGGCGAGCGAGCUUAA